AUGGGCCAUUUGGUAAAGGACUGUCCUCAGAGAAAUCAACAAAAUGGAAAUAGGGCUACUGCAAGUUCAACAUGGUCUACACCAGCUCCCAGCACCAAGUCAGCUGUCAAGCCUGUUAACAAUAAAGACACCGCGAGACAGGGGAGGGUGUUUGCAUUGGUUCCGGGAGAUGUGCAAAAUGCUGCAACAGUGGUGUUAGGUACAUUUAUUGUUCACGGUCAUUUUGCCCAUGUAUUGUUUGAUUCUGGCUCCACCCAUUCCUUUGUGUUAAAACAAUUUGCUCAAAAUUUAGAUAGAUCUGAGUUAUCUUAUAUUUUAUGUGUGUCUUCACCUUUGGGAGACACUAUGGUUUGCACUUCUGUUUAUUUUGCUUAUGAACUCCAAUUUGGGGAUAUCCGGGCAUAUGCCAAUCUGUUACCCCUUAAUAUGACUUAUUUUGAUAUUAUUCUGGGCAUGGACUGGUUGAGCGAAUAUUGUGCGACUAUUGACUGUUUGACUAAGCAACUCAGUUUCCACCCUCCAGGAUAUUCAGAAUUUACCUUUCAGGGACAUGGAGUGACUUCUCCACCUUAUUUGAUUUCUGCAAUGAAGGCCCGUAAAUUAAUUUAG